UUGGCCUGUAGUUGUCAGUACAACAAAGCGAACGCACGCACUGCGCGCGCGCCGUCUCCCGAUCAAAGGGCGAUCGCGACUGUUCAAUUAAAUCCGUAUUAUUUACAAUCUUCGUUCGAUAUUUGAAUCCGAGUGAACCGUUGUGUUUUGACGUGCAUGGAUGACAGUGUUGUUUUUUUUUUUAAUUGGAUGUUCUUUUUUUGAAUGUUUGACAUCCAUGAAGAUUUGAAGAAAUAAUCUAAAAUGGUGGCGGUGAGCAAACAGCUGUUUGACACGGCGUGUCGCGACGUGUCGUGCAAUGUCAUCAUACAUCCCUGGAACCAGAGCUGCUUCUGGGCUGCUCCGCAUUUGUACAAACAUGCACUCAUUGGCAGUGCUAAGUUUUACUCCAUUAUUUAUCUUGCACAAAUCCUGAUGCGUGGUAAGAAAAUGUUGAGGAAAGACCAGUGGAUGAAGAUGGGAGAAUACUACGUGAGGUCCACUCUGUUGGGACAACUAGUCACAGCCACAGCACCAAACAUUAGUUGUUUAAUUAGAAAAAUGAUGGGUGAUAAGUUCAAUUCUUCCACGUACCUGUUCAUACCAUUCACGCUGAACGGACUCUUUAUUUACUUGGAGCCGCCCAGCAGGAGAGGGUUGGUCAUCAACCUGUUUUGUAACUUAGUGAUCGAGUACUACCUCAAAGUUCUGCAGAGAGCUGGAUAUCUGUCAGUGACGAAGGCACAGCAGACGCUGAUGUUCAUGUUAGGCAGCUCCUUGCUGUUCUACCUCAUGAGGCUCGAAGGAGACAAGAAAGAGAGGACGCCUUUGUUCUGGUUUUUCACUCCAGAAAAGGUUAGAAGAAAAACUGAAGAUAGCAAGAAAGUUUGUCCACAUGAAGGAAGAUGUGAAAAAUAUGUGACAAAGGGCUUCGCCACCUACUUCGGCGUAGGUCUCGGCAUAUCACUAGCGAGGGUCAUUUUACCGAAGAUCAAGUCUCCAGUCAAGGCCAUAUCCUCGAUCAGAGGCAAACACUUCAAGCUGGCGCUGUUCUUCGGCAGUUAUAUCGGUAUUUACAGAGCUGUGGUAUGCUACUUGUGUCGUAAGCAAGGUGUCGACUCGGCAUUGUACGCGCUCCCCGCUGGAUAUGCCGCCGGAAUAUCGUUCUUAUUCAACCCGAGCUUAGGGUUGUCUAUCGCAUCGCUCACUGCUGCAUUUAAGCUGUAUUCAACCAUUUUAUACGAGAAGAAAGUGCUGCCAUCCAACAUACCGUUGCCGGAGAUAUUAUACUGUUUCUGCCAAGGCACGCUGUUCAAUGCGCGCCUGAUGGAUCCUGAUGUAUGCCCCAACUAUGUGUUCAAUCUCAUGAAGUCUUGCAGUAACGGAAUGUCUGAAGAAGUGUAUAAAAGUUUCUCUGGAGUUGUUAGAAAUGCUAUGUGAUAAUUAGGUGACUAAGGCUAUUACAAAUUCUUGAUUUUGAAGAGUAUUGCCGAUAAGUCUUUGAAAGUCGGCGAUGACUUUGUAGAUAGAAGCCACAUUUUUAUGACAGCUACAGUAACAAUAUGAUAUUGUUAAGGAUAAGAGCACACUGCAAACUUUUUGUCAGCCGAUAGUUUGAUCGGAGUCAUAAAAUAGGUAUGGAGAUGAAAGUUAGUGCGCACAUUACAAUGGUCAGGUAUCCGGCCGCAUCUGGCCGACUAAAAAGUUUAGUUGCAUUGAUUACCAUUUUUUUAACGUCGUCAAAAAUCAUCAAAUGACCCCUCCCACUAAGGGUUAGCAGCUAUGAGGGAGUGUCAGACUCUUUCUGACUAAAAACCGUCGUGUCCGUCGUAGGCCUUUGAUGAACCUGGGCCGCAGUCCCGCAUUGAUUACCUUUAAAAUAAACUGUCGACAAUAGGUCAAAUAUAAACCGAUAAUUUAGUUUGUAGUGUGCUGUGCUCAAAACAAAUAUUUCAAAAAAAGAAGUCUUUAAAGUUACCUGUUUUUUUUAAUUCGAUCAAUUGCUGACGUAAGCAAGCUGGACAAUACAUUGUAGGUUCUUAUAACGGGUAUACCAAAUUGUUGGUAGGUGUAUUAUAAUCUAUGUUAUUUAUUCAUAAAAUUGGUGAUUGAUUUUGUUAUAUUUUUAUGAUUGAGAUAAAUAAAUAUGAAGUUAUUACAA